AAUAUUCCACGUAAUACAUCGGCUAGUUCCAGGGAGGGACUCUGGACUUGGUUGGGAUCAUCGGGAGCACAGAAUACACCGGGAAUAUAUUCACAUCAAUUCUUCAGAGAUAACACAAGACGCGUUGGGGCGAAAUAGAGGAGGUUUCGAUCUAGGACAGUUUACGAGGGGCAGGAAAAUGGAGUUGGAUGACGGAGUUGUGUACCAGGACGACCCGGGGACGUCAGCUAUUAUGUCGGAGCGCGUCUCGGGCCUGGCCAACUCCAUCUACCGUGAAUUCGAGAGACUCAUCCGCAAAUAUGACGAGGACGUGGUAAAAGAGCUCAUGCCGCUGGUCGUGGCGGUACUAGAGAACCUGGACACUGUGUUCGCCGAGAACCAGGAGCACGAAGUGGAGCUCGAGCUUCUCAAGGAGGACAACGAGCAGCUGAUCACUCAGUAUGAACGCGAGAAAGCGCUGAGGAAACACGCAGAGGAGAGGUUCAUUGAAUUGGAAGAUUCUCAGGAACAGGAGAAGAAAGAUUUGCAGAAUCAUCUGGAGAGUUUGGGGUCACAUUCCCGUCAACUGGAGCUGAAGAUCAAGAACUAUGCUGACCAGAUAAGUCGUUUAGAGGAGCGAGAGGCGGAACUCAAGAGAGAAUAUAAUUCCCUUCACCUGCGUCACACAGAGAUGAUCCAAAACUACAUGGAACAUGUGGAACACAUCAUGCUGCAGCAGACAGGAGGAGAGACCUCUCACACAGGAACCAUGGGCAGAAUUCGGAAAGAGCGUCCCCUGUCUCUGGGAAUCUUCCCCAUGUCUGGUGGAGGCAGUUCAUUGACGUCUGAUGUCCAGGGCAGAGCAGAGAUUCCUGGGAUUGAAGGAUGGAGAUUUAAUAAUCUCACUCAUCAACGCUCCAAUGCCAGCCUCAAGUUGGAGGCGGAGGACACUCCAAAGGAAAGGGAGGGUAAGGAUGUUCUGGAAGCUUGGGAUUCGCUGGCAAACGACUGCAAGGAUGAGCUGUCUGACCUCAGCCAAGGGGGCUCAAAGUCUAUCACGCCAAUGUCCACCACGGCCUCAGAUCUGGCCCUGGACUCCCACAGAGAGGAUGGAGAUGGAUUCUGGAAGAACACAGAGGUUCAGGCUGUUCCCGGUACCAGGAGCAUAUCUGCGGGUCUGGCUGAUAAUGACGAGAAGUCAGACGUUCAGGCGAUUAUUGAGUCCACACCAGAGCUGGACAUGGAUCUCAGUGGAUGCAAAGGAGCAAGCACCCCGUCCCGAGGUAUUGAGAACAUGGCGUUUGACCGGAACACAGAAUCUCUGUUUGAAGAGGUGUCGUCAGCGGGCUCGGGAUUGAUUGGAGAUGUAGACGAGGGAGCAGAUCUGUUGGUGGAGUACUCCGGCAUGAGUCGAGAGGUGGAGAACCUCAUUCAGGAAAACGUGCAAUUGUUAGAGACAAAAAAUGCCCUGAACGUGGUGAAGAACGAUCUGAUCGCUCGUGUGGAUGAGCUCUCGUGUGAGAAGGAGGUUCUUGAGGGAGAACUGGAUGCCGUUCUGCAGACAAAAGCCAAACUGGAGGAGAAGAACAAAGAGCUGGAGGACGAACUCAAAAAACUGAAAGCAGAAUCAGAGAUGCCUAAACAGAAUAAUAAUAAAGACGAAGAUGAGAGUGAUGUGCCCACAGCACAGAGGAGAAGGUUCACACGGGUGGAGAUGGCUCGCGUUUUGAUGGAGAGAAACCAGUACAAAGAGAGACUGAUGGAGCUGCAGGAGGCCGUCAGGUGGACCGAGAUGAUCAGAGCUUCAAGGGAAAACACAGAAGUUGCCGAGAAGAAGAGGUCAAGCAUCAGGCAGUUCUUCAGCCGUCUAUUUAGUUCCUCCAGUUCUUCUACGUCGAGCAACACACCGAGGGCUCUGCCGUCCAACGUGAAGUACAAUCCACCCAGCAUCAUGAAGAAGAGCAACACCUUCUCCCAGUUCCCCAGAGAAAAGUCCAAAGCAUUCGACUUCCUCCAAGAAGAGGUUGACUCAAGUGGUUCUCUGUCCCGUCGCGAGCAGAAGCGUGCUCAGUACCAGCAUGUGAAGGCUCACGUGCAGAAGGAGGACGGCAGGGUGACCGCUCAUGGCUGGAGCCUCCCGGGCAAAUACAAGGUUGCCAAUGGUGGCUAUGCAGAGAACAAAAUGAACUUACCAGUUCCCGUGUGCCUCAAGCCACUGGAACAGAAAGAUGCUUCUAUGAAGCUCUUGUGUGCAGCAGGAGUGAAUCUCUUGGGUGGAUGGCCAAGUGAGGGAAGCUCUGGGCUUAGUGGUCAGGAGUCUGUGGUGGAUACAGACACCUCCAAGCAGAAGAAAGGAUCUCAGAGCAGUCUGGACAAGCUGAAACAGGAACCUAAGGAUCAUGAGAAGGAGCAGACAGUGCAGGUGGAGAUGUCCAGUCGGGUUUGGAUAUGUACAAGCACUCACUCCUCCACUAAAGUGAUGAUCAUGGAUGUGACGCAGCCCUCUGACCUGCUGGACAGUUUCUAUGUCUGUAACUCAUGUGUACUGUGUAUCGCCAGUAUACCAGGUGUUUUGGAGACAGACUAUCUCGCAGGGGAAGAGAUUCCUCAGGAUGUGGAGGCGGGGCCAGACCAUUUAUUGGCCAGUCACAGCUCACAGGGCAGUGAAGGAGUGUUGAGUGACGUGUCAGUGGUUGGCUGCGGUGCUGAAGAGUCCAGCACAGGAUCUCAGAUGGGCAGCGCUGGAGCCAAUGAACAAUCAGCAGAACAAAGUCCUGUCAAAGGCAAUGUAGACCUCUCCAGAGCUCCCAGUGAAGAUGAAGUCACUGCUGCAGAGGAAGCCAUGGAGGCCACCGAGGAAGACCAGGUGAGCCCAGGACAGGACACCAGUCAGCCAGGAAUCUACACAGAACAUGUGUUCACUGACCCACUGGGAACAGAGUCUUCUGGAGCUUCAACCGGCAAUAUCCAGAGGGAGUCAGAUCAGGACAGGGAUAAUGUGCCAUCUACAGGUGACAAAGCAGAUCUGGCGAGAGAGGAGACCCAGCGAAUGAGCAGUGCACUUCCUACCAUGUGGCUGGGGGCCCAGAACGGCUGUUUAUACGUGCACUCAUCAGUUGCUCGGUGGAGAAAGUGUCUCCAUGCUGUCAAGCUGAAGGAUUCAAUCUUAAAUAUUGUACACGUGAGGGGACGUGUUUUAGUGGCUCUUGCUGAAGGUACUCUGGCCAUCUUUCACAGAGGGCUUGACAGCCAAUGGGAUUUAACCAACUACCACCUCCUGGACCUCGGGCGACCACAUCACUCUAUCCGCUGCAUGACUGUUGUGCAUGAUAAAGUAUGGUGCGGCUACCGGAAUAAGAUCUAUGUGAUCCAGCCAAAAGCCAUGAAAAUAGAGAAGUCAUUUGACGCCCACCCACGUAAGGAGAGCCAGGUGCGUCAGCUGGCCUGGGUGGGCGAUGGUAUCUGGGUCUCCAUCCGUCUAGACUCCACCCUCCGUCUCUUCCACGCUCACACCUUCCAGCAUCUGCAAGAUGUUGACAUUGAACCUUAUGUCAGCAAAAUGUUGGGUACAGGGAAACUUGGCUUCUCCUUUGUGAGGAUCACAGCCCUAAAGGUGUCCUGUAACCGGCUGUGGGUGGGAACAGGAAAUGGUGUAAUUAUCUCCAUCCCACUGUCAGACUCUGUGGGUCAGUGUGGAUUUUUAGGUCAGAGGGCAGUUCAUAAGACUGUCGGAGCUAUCGCCUGUCGUCCAGGUGGGGCAAUAAAAGUGUAUGGCAAUGAAACCGUGGAUGGUGCGAUGACAGGCUCGUACGUACCAUACUGCUCCAUGGCACAUGCUCAGCUCUGCUUCCACGGCCACAGGGAUGCUGUUAAAUUCUUUGUUACUGUUCCAGGUCAGGUAAUUGUGCCAGGAGCUGCAGGAUCUGAUGGUGGGUUUGAAAACUCAGAUGCUUCAGCUUCAGAUAGCAAGAACAUGCUCAUUAUGAGCGGAGGAGAAGGAUACAUCGACUUCAGAAUCGGUGAUGAUGAUGGUGGUUUGGGCCGAGAUGAAGAUGAGGACUCUGUGGAACCCACUUUGAAACUGCAGUCGGCCCCUGCCAAACCUGAGCGCAGUUAUGUUAUAGUCUGGCAGGUGGCAGUAGGCAGUGAGUGACUGACAAAUCACUGCUGGGAGUUUAAGAGAGAACUCUACGUCUAGGUCAACCCAACAUGGGCUUAUUAUUUUACAAAAGACUUUUCUUCUUAUUAAUACAGAUAUGAUUAAUAGUGUUGUUUUUUUAACACCUACAUGACUUCUUUAAUCUUAGUAAAUGUUUAUUUAUUUGUUUUGUUUGAAAUCAAUAUGGCAUUUAUCCAUGAUGUGACUCAGUGAAAAGAAAUCAGAAGGAAAAUAAAGGAACAAAAUGAUGACUUGAAGGACAACACAAAGUCCGUCCACAACUUUAUCGUAAAUGUGGCUGUUUCUGUGUUAACAAGUCUUGAAAAUCCUGUUCUAACCGUUUGCAGCUUGGCCAGGUGUGUCAUUACUUAAAGGUGAAGUGCGUAAUUUCUGCAUUGCUUGCAUCACCAAACGGAAUAUGCAAAAAAUAAUGACUUUUCUAAACUGGUUUCCCAAACACUGUUGUUCGCCAUUGGUCGAUCAAACAGAUAGUCCCACCCCAAACCCAUGACAUUGGUGGAGCCAAUGUCGCUGUGUCAGACCGGUCAGGAUGUGCAAACAAACAAAGCAACAUUUUAAUAAUGUUUACUAUUCUUUUAAUGGCUUACUUGAGUUGUCUCACGCUGAUAUACGAUAAAGUGUUUUAACAUCAAACAAAUUACACACGUCACCUUUAACUGUAAUGUUCUUUUUUUAGCUGCUUCACAGUAUUAUGAUUAUUUAUUUAUUUUCAUAUAUUGAUCAGCGAAAGAUGGUGAUAUUUCUCUGGAGCUCUGCAUUUGUGCACUAUGGCAGUGGUAGCAUUGUGUAGUUCUUGUAUAUAGAAACUCAGAGAGCUAUUUUUGCUAUCUGUACGGCAUAGAUAUUGUGAGUGGUGUCUCAGCACCUUAAGGCAUGGCGUGUGCGUCUGUACGCUUGUUCCUAGCGUGAUUUCUCGCCUGCAUGAGUCUUGUAUCAUUCCUAAAUGGAGCUCUGGAGCUUUCCAGUCUAAAAUAUGUUGUUAGCAUUGGGCUUCCCUCAUGUUAGAGCUCGCUGGCACUUUAAAGACAGUAACAAGCAUAGACAAACGUUAAAAUGAGCUAACGUCCGGAAAGAACAACAUAUGAUAGCAUUUAUUUCAGCAGAGAGGGUCUCCCCUUUUACCAAAGGAUGAAAUGUAGAACAAAUACUAAACAGCCUAAUUUUAUGUAACGCUCAUAUUUUGUGUUGCUAAGGCUAUUUGAUGUUAUGUAAUUCUUUUGAAUGGGGAAAAUGGAUGAAAUGUAUAAAAAAAAGUAAAAGACAGGGAUUGUAUAAAUCGUGUUUACCUGUGUCAAAUAUAUUAUUAUUUUAUUUAAUCUUUUUGCUUCAGCACUUAGCAUCAAAUUAAUGUAAGUCUUGUCUAAAGUUUGUUUACCCGUGUUCCCUGGUCCUGGGUUCGAGUGUGUGCAGUGGCCCCUAAAAGUAUUUGGACACUUUAGCCAUGUUUCAGAAUGCAUGAAUGUCAUUGCAUUAGAUAACAAAAUAUCAAACCCAGUGGCAUCUAAAAAUUAUGCUAGACCUUUUUUUCUUAGAACUAUUAAUUGUUGCAAUUACUUCUAACCAAUUCAAGGUGAUUUCUACCUGUUCCCCCCCCCCGAAACAAGAAAAACGUUCGUGCCCCCGUAAAAAUUGAAAAUGAUUAAAAAUUAAAUAAACUUUUCACAUUUUACUACAAGGUUUAACUACGUUUUCUUCCAUCUUUAUAUUGGGACAAAAAUACAAUUAAAACUGAACAAUAAGUUAAAAUGUUCACUAAAAAGGAUCUAAAUGAUUUAAUUGUACUUAUUAUUUAUUAUUUAAAAUGAUAAUUAUGGCUACAUACUUUCAAAACAUCAAUAAAAAAGUGGUACUACUGCAGGAGCAACCCCUGUGAAUGAACACAUUGCAAAUUGCAAAUGUUGUCAGCAAAUGACUAUUACAUGAGACAGGGAGUGCUUAGCCACUCAGAAAGUUGAAUCCUUCAGUCAUCCACAUAUAACUAUCAGAACGUUUAAUAUCUAAUUGGAGACUUUAAUUUGAAUUUUUACACUUUUUUUUAAUAAAAACUGAUAAUUUCAAGGAUUCAGACAUGUGAAUGAAAAUAAGCCUCAGCAGUCUCUAUAAAAAAGUUGUUAAAAUUCCCAUCUAGUAAUAAUAAACUACGGUGAUUGGCCCGUCCUGACCUGCAUUGAAAAAUUUAAAGGUAUCACAAGACAUGUAAGCGCAGCGUAAUUCCAGCGGCUGUACAUCAUCGCACCAUUAGCGGGGUAACUCCCAGCCAAUCAUACGUAAGCCGUUGCUUUAUAAGUCUGCUCACAAUCUAUCAUAUUGCUGUUUCAGUGUGCUAACACGCCAACCUCCACCACCCCACCACCACCUGUUGAGUCCCGUCCUGCAUGGGGGUAGUCUCCUCGCCCAUUCCUCCUAUCUCCGGCAGGAUGUGACGGUUCUGAGUACAACUUAUUCGGACCGCCAGACGGGGCCUAUGCCAAAGACAGAUUUUACUUUUCUGUUUUAUAUCCAUCAAAUAAAUGUCAUCUUAAAAUUUCACUCAAGUCUGCGAGUCUUCCUGAUAGAAAGUGACAUCUACACUCUGUCAGGACCUCUGGACAAUAAUUUACACUUAAUGAUACUGACAAACUUUAACAACCAAUGAAAUAAAAACGGACCUUUCUGCCAUCAUUUACUCACACUCGUCGUUCAAAAGCAGUAUGACUUUUUUAAUCCAUGAAACACAAGAUUGAGGGAUGUUAUUCAUUUUAAAUGGUGUAUAUUUAUUAUUUUAUACAUUAAUCUUGUGAACGUGUCCCAUCUAUUUACAUUAAAUGCCACUUGGUUUGAUAUGUAAUGCAAUGACAUUCAGAUAUUUUUAAGUGUGACUUAAAUGUCUCUUAAGUGUUUUGGAGCCACUAUAUUCUCAGUUUUCUAAUUGUAAUCAGAGUUUGGCACUCAUUUUUGUAUUUGGUCUGUAAGACACUUUUAGCUGUACCUUGAUGUCUUGUUGAAACAAAUGCAGCAAAGGCUAAUGUUGGACUUUUUAAUGGGUUGGUUUAGGACCUUUUUUUUUUUAUUAUUCUCACACAUAAAGGGAAAUCAUUGUUGCCAUUCCAGUAUUUCUUUUUCAUAAUGAACUUUUUGGUUCAGAAUGUAACUUUUUACUGUUAACAAGAACAAUAUUGUUUCUUUUAAAUCACCUUUAAGAAGCGAAUAUCUGUCUUUUUUCAUGUUGACUGAUAAUGUUGACAGUAUUAGACAGCUUAUGAAGUAUAACCUCUGUGGAUCUAUUGGAAAUCAACACAUUCAUUGUAUGAAGUUAUGCAUGUUUUUUUUUGUUUUGUUUUUUACAGUAUACUGCAGUUUGUUUGUUAAAAUAUCUGUUAAUUGCCACCUUUUUGGGUGGUUGGUUCUAUGUAUGUGUGCACAUCUGAUUGUGAAAUAUUACUGGAUUUGUGUGCGUGGAUGAGCGUGUGCAGUUGCUAUUUCCCUUAAAAUUUCACUGGACUCGCUGUGCGUGCCACAACUUGUAAUUACUGUUUUUUUCUUGUCAAUAGUUUGCUCAAACUGCAUCAUAGCCUUAUUUUUAAACUCUAUUAAACUCAAUUUCAU